AUGUCAAAUGAGAUGUUUUUAAAUCAUAUAAAGCAUGCCAAAAAAACUGGAAAACUCCUAAUGCAAGGUGAACCUCUGCUCAAAAGUGAGUAUUUUUCCAGGGCUGAACUUAAGCAAAUUUCAAAGUUAAUUAAAGAGAUUGACAUUUCUUAUACAAAAAUAUCUUCGAUAGAAGGCCUCCCAAAAUUACCGAAUCUCAGAAUCUUUUCAGCCAACAAUACAAGAUUGGACUCGUUUAAAGGAUUUUUAUCUUUAAAAAGUAACUGCGCGAUCAAAAUAGAAAUAAAGAAUACACCACUAUCAUCUAGAAUGAACUUUAGACUAGCUUUAUUAGUACUUUUCGGAGAUAUAAUAGUUUCCAUAAAUGGAAAAGCAAUUUCAGAUAAGAUUAGACUGCAAGCCAACAAAUACAACCCAUGCUGUGCAGAAUUAAUUAAUCAAGGCUGGGAAAUUGUUUAUCCUCCACCUAAAGAAGAGGAAUUAAAGGAAAUAUGCAGUCAAUAUUCAGUUAACUAUGUUGAAAAAGUAUACGAAGAAGAGGAAGAUGAUUCCAUUUCAAAAUUAUCAAGUUUCUCUUUAGAUAAUGAAUCAAUUUCAACAAAAGUUACAGUAAAUACAAUAAAAUUUAAGACACCAAGUCCUAAGUCCAAACGUUCUCCUCCACCAAUACAAAAUACUCCUAAAGAUGAUGAAGAUAUCAAUUUAUCACCUUUGAAAACUCGAGCUCCGAACUUAUCUAAGUUCAUUGAUGAAAAACUUGCAGCUGAUCUUUCAGACUUAUUCAAAAAAUACGGAAUUGAAGUUUCUUCGAAAGAUUACAACGAAAUUGCAUAUGAAGUUGCAAGUUUAUGCGAUGACAUCAUGAAAUAUGAGGAAUCACGUCAAAGCAGCGUUAAUAGUAGUCCAAAGAACUGA